AAUGGUUGUCUUUUUUUCGGCGAAUAGCAGGCCUGAAGGGCGUUAUCGACUGACUCGCCUGACUGGCUGACAGUUUGUUCACUGAAGUUAAGAAAUCGAAUCCUCCCGAAGUACUACUAUUGGCCAUUUAAAAGCGCGACGUUACAUUCAUACUCAUUACUGUACAUAGUCACAUCCGUGUUGACACUUAAAAUAUUCGCAAAGGCAAAUCGAAAGUAUCUGGCUAGAAAUUAAGUGUUGCCGAAGUCUGCAUAAAUUAACGUGUUAGUGCAUUGAACAUGUCGACAUCUCAGACUAAAUACCCCAAAUUUCUGGAUGCAGAUUUUGAAAAAGAUAUCAGUGGGAGAAUAACACCCAGGGAUGGUCCCAUAGUGCUCCGUAACCCGCACAUAGACGACCUUGCAGAGGACGUGCUGUACCAUCUGGACCUCAGUGACAAGAAGAAUGAUCUGCCCGCAAUGUUCGGGGAUGUCAAGUUCGUGUGUUUCGGUGGCUCUCCUAAACGAAUGGAGAAGUUUGCCCACUUCAUGGUGAAGGAGCUGAAUAUCAACAUCCAGGCUGGCAUGACCCUGUCUAACAUCUCCCACGGCUCGGACAGAUACGUCCUCUACAAAGUGGGACCGGUCUUGUCUGUCAGUCACGGGAUGGGUAUACCCAGCAUGUCGAUAGUGUUCCAUGAAGUGCUCAAACUGCUGUACCAUGCAUGCUGCAAAGAUGUGAAGCUGUUUCGUUUAGGCACAAGUGGGGGUCUAGGUCUGGAGCCGGGCACGGUGGUUAUCACAGAUGCUGCAGUGGAUGGCUUACUGAGGCCAUACAUGGAAGUGGCGACCCUGGGUAUGCUGCUGCAGCACCCUGCCUUUCUGGACCGGGACCUGUGUGAGGAGCUGCAGGCUAUAGGCAGUGCAGACACUUCAUACAAUACUGUCAUUGGCAAAACGAUGUGUACAUAUGACUUCUACGAAGGUCAGGCACGCCUGGACGGAGCCUUCUGUGACUUCACUGUGGAGGACAAGUUGGCAUUUCUGAAGCGCAUCCAUGACCGUGGUGUCCUCAACAUUGAGAUGGAGUCCCUCUGCUUCGCUGCCAUGGCACACAGGGCUGCCGUGAAAAGUGCCAUCAUCUGCUGUACGAUUGUGGACCGGCUGCAGAGUGACCAGAUCUCGGCCUCCCACGAGAUGCUCGAGGACUGGCAGGGUCGCUGUCAGCAGAUUGUAGCCAAGUACAUACGCAGGCACCUCAACAUACAAUAGAUCAUCGUAGCCAAGUACAUACGCAGGCACCUCAACAUACAAUAGAUCUACCCUGGCAUCAUCAUAGCGUUUAAUCAAAGAAGAACAUAACUGCUGUCAGUUAUAAACAAGCUUGCAUUGUACUGAAUGCAAUUCAAUAUUCUGCAAGCCUUGCACACAUUUUAUUUAUUAAGAAUUUGAUGUUUAAUCUUUCUUUGAAAGGACAUAUCUUAUCACAUGUAAAUUUUGCUUUUGUGAUCAUCCUUUGUUCAUAUUUAUGUUAUUUUUGGUUUCUCGUUCAAAGUGCAUAGUCAACAUUUACCUUUUAAAAACUCUUGAAGCCACAUUUAUUCCACAAAUUUCUUGAAACUUGGUAAGACAGUUGUACAAAUACUAUCUUUUCAAAGUUUGAAACCAGGUCACAUGGUGUCAAAAUCAAGGUGACUGAAAAAACUUGUGAAAUCUCCAUUGAUGUCAUUUUUAUCCAUGGCUCAUGAAACUUGUUCAGCAUAUUUGUUGUAAUGAUAUCUUGCCAAAGUUAAAAAUGGUACUGGUCCAUUAAAUUACAUUACCGGCAUAGGGGGACUGGUCAAUUUUCCUUAUAUGGCUAUAGUAAAGCCUUGUGAAAACCUUAUAUGGCUAUGGUAAAGCCUUGUGAAAACUAUAAGUCACUUUAAUCCUCAUGAAACUUGCUCCUUUCUUCUAAUGAUAUAUUGGCUUAGUUUGAAAUGGUUGCAGUUCACACAGGUGGGCAGGGCAGUUUUCCUAAUAUGGCUAUACAGAACCUUGUGACCACUUAAAAAGUCAUUUGUUUUGGCCCCAGUCAGCAUGAAACUUUAUCAAAACAUUUGUUCUGAUGAUAUCUGAGAAAAGGGUUCCAGUUACAAAGAUACUACAUGUAGUAUGUGUUUAGACACAGUUACUAUAUGUACUGCACAAAAGCUACUUAGAACUGAACAGUUCAGAUACUUAGGUUUUAAGAGGAGCAACCUAGGGCGCUUGGCUGACUUGUUUGAGGUUCUAAGAGGAGCAACCUAGGGCCCUUGACUGACUUGUUUGGUGCAACCUAGGGCCCUUGACUGACUUGUUUGGUGCAACCUAGGGCCCUUGACUGACUUGUUUGGUGCAACCUAGGGCCCUUGGCUGACUUGUUUGGUGCAACCUAGGGCCC